ACCGAGGGAGUCAAUGUGCAACACAUCUGCAAGUAUGCAUACCACAUUUUCUUUUGGAGAAGGAAAGAGUAUGAAUUUCUAACCUAAUUUAAAAUAUUAUGGGCAAAAAAGACAAAAACAAGAAAAAGGGGAAAGGUGCCGAAAAAACAGCAGCAAAAACCGAAAAAAAGGAAUCCAACAAACUAAAGAAAAACCUUGCUAAAAUUGGGGAGGAAGAUAUCGAGAAAAUUUUGGCCGACAUUGAAAGCGAAGAACGAAAGAAGCUUGAAAUAAAAAUUCUAAAAACCGAUUCGCCAAGGAAACGUAUAAAUUUCACAUUCGCACCGCAUCCUGAUAAAGACGAGCUGAUUCUAUUUGGCGGGGAAUAUUUUAAUGGGCAGAAAACUUUUAUUUACAAUGAUCUGUUUUUUUACAACAUUCAUAGUAAUACCUGGACAUUGAUUCAGUCACCUGCCGGACCACCACCACGAUGUGGUCACCAAAUGGUUACCACCUCGGUCAAUAAAGGACAACUAUGGGUGUUUGGUGGCGAAUAUGCCAGUCCGACGCAGUCACAAUUUUAUCACUACAAAGACUUGUGGGUGUUCCAUUUAAAUGAGAAUAGAUGGGAGAAAAUUGGUGCUCCCAAUGGACCCAGUUCAAGAAGUGGACAUCGUAUGGUGUAUUGUAAGAAGCAGAUAUUUGUUUUUGGUGGUUUCCAUGAUAAUCUUCGUGAUUAUAAGUACUAUAAUGAUAUUCACAUCUUCAGCCUAGAAACUUAUCAGUGGACAAAGUUGGAGCCCACUGGUAAAGGUCCAGCACCCAGAUCUGGUUGUUGUAUGUUGCCAUUAAAUGAUGGUAAAAUAUUGAUUUAUGGUGGUUACUCGAAGGAAAAAAUGAAGAAGGAUGUCGAUAAAGGGAUUGUGUUUGCAGAUGCAUUUCUGCUUGUUCCCGACAAGAACGAUGCCAGUGGUACCAAAUGGAAGUGGGUACAAACAAAGCUUGGUGGGGUCAACUUUUCUCAGCGUAGCGGUAUGGGCUGUACUUUAGCGCCGAAUAAUGUGGCUUACACCUUUGGUGGCGUCUUCGAUGUAGAGGAAGAAGAAGAUAUUUCCAGCACCUUUUACAAUGACUUCUUUAUGCUUGAAUUGAAUAGUCUAACUUGGCGAAAUGUUGCUGUGGGAAAAAAAAAAGACAAUGUGAAGAGGGAACUGAAAGUGGAGGAUCUGAGCAUGGAAGUUGACGAAAUUAAAGUAGAUGAAGCACCCCAAAUUGUUGCAGAUGAUGGCAUCUUUACUGUCACUGUUGGUCCUUCAGUGUCGACAGUUCAAUCCAAUGACCAAGAGCCAGAAAAGAUGGAUGUUUUUAAACCUUCUCCUAGAAUGAACUGUGGAUUGACCGUUAAACAUGGUAUGUUGUACAUUUUCGGUGGAAUGGUUGAGGAUGGUGAUAAGCAGUUGACCAUGUCCGACUUUUAUUCCUUAGAUUUGAAGAAACUGGAUAAAUGGAAAGUAUUGGUGCAGGAUGAAGAGGUGCAAGAAUGGUUAACUUCAGAUUCAGAAAGUGAGUCUGAGGAUGGUAGUCGUUCUAGUGACGAGUCUGAUAUGUUAACUGAGUGAAUUUUUUAUUUUUCUAAAUAUAAUGUACUGUUUGUUAAA